GAAACCAGGGGAGGGCACUUAAUUAUAUCAYCGUGGCGUAUGUAUGGCGACAACAAGGAGAUGGUUUACAUUUUAAUAAUAUUUUAAGUAUUAAUGCUCAUGCUUUUUCCCUCUCGUAUAUGACUGGUGUGGUAAAAAGGCCUGGUUAGUGAAAGUGUAAAGGCAGCAGCAUCUCGGUGUUUGACUCCCAGCACAGCAGCCGUGUUGUUGUUGGUUGACUCCUCGUCAUCGCUGAGUGUCCGUCCGGCCUGCUGAGAGGCGAAGCCGGGAGCUGGAGUGUGAUCGAACGGAGACUUCGCCAUGGCGGUAAACCUGGACAAGGAAGCGUACUACCGCCGCAUCAAGAGAUUAUACAGCAACUGGAAGAAAGGAGAGGAUGAGUUCGGGAAAGUCGAYGCCAUCGUUGUGUCCGUGGGAGUGGACGAAGAAAUCGUGUACGCCAAAUCCACGGCCAUCCAGACCUGGCUGUUCGGCUACGAGUUGACGGACACCAUCAUGGUGUUCUGUGAAACCAAAAUCAUCUUCCUCGCCAGCAAGAAGAAAGUGGAUUUUCUCCGACAGGUGGCUGUGACCAAAGGCAACGAGAAUGCCAACGGUGUGCCGCCGAUCACGCUGCUCACCAGAGAGAAGAAAGUGCGUCACAGCAAACUGGCCGAGUCGGUGGAGAAGGCUAUCGAGGAGAAGAAGUACCUCGGCGGUGCUGAUCCCUCCACGGUGGAGAUGUGUUAUCCUCCCAUCAUCCAGAGCGGCGGCAACUACAGCCUGAAGUUCAGCGUGGUCAGCGACAAGAACCACAUGCACUUCGGCGCCAUCACGUGUGCCAUGGGGAUCCGCUACAAGUCGUACUGCUCCAACCUGGUGCGCACGCUCAUGGUGGACCCCACCCAGGAGAUGCAGGACAACUACAACUUCCUGCUGCAGGUGGAGGAGGAGCUGCUGAAGGAGCUGAAGCACGGUGUAAAAAUCUGUGACGCCUACAACACAGUUUUGGAGUACGUGAAGAAAGAAAAGUCAGAGCUCGUGUCAAAGCUGACCAAAAACCUUGGUUUUGCGAUGGGCAUCGAGUUCAGAGAAGGAUCCUUGGUCCUGAAUGCUAAAAACCAGUACAAACUAAAAAAAGGCAUGGUGCUGAGCAUCAGCUUGGGUUUCUCUGACCUCGUGAAUAAAGACGGCAAGAAAGAGGAGCAGAAAUAYGCCUUGUUCAUCGGAGACACCAUUCAGAUCAAUGAGGAAGAAGCUGCCACAGUUCUCACCCCCGUCAAGAAAAAGAUYAAAAACGUGGCGAUCUUCUUGAAGAACGACGACGAGGAAGACGAGGAGGAGGAUGGMGACGAUGCGGAGGAGCUGCUGGGGAAAGGAGCUCGCAGCGCCGCCCUGCUGGCAGACAGAACCAGACUACUUGGGAAGAACGAGAUGACGGCGGAGGAGAAGAGGCGRGCUCACCAGAAGGAGUUGGCCAGUCAUCUGAACGAGGAGGCCAAGCGGCGUCUAACUGAGCAGAAAGGAGAGCAGCACAUUCAGAAGGCCAGGAAAUCAAACGUGUCUUAUAAGAACGUGUCUCAGAUGCCCAGAGAAAAGGAGAUCAGGGACAUGAAGAUUUACAUCGACAAGAAGUACGAAACUGUCGUCAUGCCCGUUUUUGGCAUCGCCACACCGUUCCACAUCGCAACCAUCAAGAACAUCAGUAUGUCUGUAGAAGGAGACUACACCUACCUGAGGAUCAACUUCUACGUCCCCGGCAGCUCUCUUGGGCGACAGGAAGGAAACAUCUUCCCCAACCCCGAUGCUACGUUUGUCAAAGAAAUCACGUACCGAGCGUCCAACCUGAAGGCUCCAGGCGACACGUCGGUGCCUUCCACCAACCUGCAGAACGCCUUCCGCAUUAUCAAGGAGGUGCAGAAGCGCUACAAGACGCGAGAAGCAGAGGAAAAGGAGAAGGAGGGCAUCGUCAAGCAGGACUCRCUGGUCAUCAACCUGAACCGCAGUAACCCCAAACUCAAAGACCUCUACAUCAGACCCAACAUCGCCCAGAAAAGGAUGCAGGGCUCGCUGGAGGCUCAUACCAACGGUUUCCGCUUCACUUCGGUCCGAGGAGAUAAAGUGGACAUUCUUUAUAACAAUAUUAAACACGCCAUCUUUCAGCCGUGUGACGGCGAGAUGAUCAUCGUUCUGCACUUCCACCUUAAGAACGCCAUCAUGUUCGGUAAGAGGCGCCAYACGGACGUCCAGUUCUACACGGAGGUCGGGGAGAUCACCACAGACCUGGGCAAACACCAGCACAUGCACGACCGGGACGACCUGUACGCCGAGCAGAUGGAGCGCGAGAUGAGGCACAAGCUCAAGUCCGCCUUCAAGAACUUCAUCGAGAAGGUGGAGACGCUGACCAAGGAGGAGCUGGAGUUCGAGGUGCCCUUCAGAGACCUGGGGUUCCAGGGCGCCCCCUACAGGAGCACCUGCUUACUACAGCCUACAUCUAGUUCUCUUGUCAACGUCACUGAAUGGCCGCCGUUUGUGGUGACCCUGGACGAGGUGGAGCUGGUCCACUUUGAGCGCGUGCAGUUCCACCUAAAGAACUUCGACGUGGUCAUCGUCUACAAGGACUACAACAAGAAGGUCACCAUGAUCAACGCCGUGCCCGUCAACUCUCUGGACCCCAUCAAGGAGUGGCUGAACUCCUGUGACAUCAAGUACACAGAGGGAGUCCAGUCUUUGAACUGGACCAAGAUCAUGAAGACCAUCGUUGAUGAUCCGGAGGGUUUCUUUGAGCAGGGAGGCUGGUCUUUCYUAGACCCCGAGAGCGAAUGGAUUACAGCGCCUCAAUGGGCAGCGAGGAGGAGAGCGGCAAAGACUGGGACGAGCUGGAGGAGGAAGCCAGGAAAGCUGACAGAGAGAGCCACUACGAAGACGAGGACACUUCAAACAGGAAGAGGAAGAGCCGAACAUCGGCCCCGCCCACCAAGAAGAAGAGACGAUCCUAAGCUAACACACACACACACACACACACACACACUGCCAAACCUGGUUUACUCUUCAGAUCUUGACCCCAACUGGCUCUUUACUUCCAGACAAACCACGUGUACAUAGAUGUAGACCCCCCCCCCCUCCCCCCCCACCGUCUUUUAUUUUCUUUGUGUUCGGGGGGUUGUGUGUGUGCAUGUGUGUUUAAAGGGGUUUUUACUGCAAAUGUUCUUCUGUUCAAAUUUAAUUUCUUAAUAAAAGACUUGACAUAUCCUCUGCCAAGUGUUUUUAUAUAAAUUAAAAAAAAUAAAGAAAAACUUCAGCUUCUCAUCGAUGUUUCAUUUCCUCUUGCUUUAUUUUUAAUAGGCUUUGUAAACUUACACACCUGCAUCAUCUUCCUCACUUGGCCUGUUUGUUUCUUUGAUCCAUUGGAGUAGAUAUGAUGUACUGUUGAAUUCUGAAAUCCUCUUUUUGUUUUUGUAAUAAAAUUAAAAAGAACUGUAAUUUGUUUUCA